GAGAAGGUGAAACACGAAACGACCGCGGCGCUUUUCCACACGUGAUCUCGAGGGCGAUGAAUGAAAAGUACUGCGCCGCACUGGAAAACGAUGACCGCUGGAAAGUUUUACUUCGGAGACCCCACCUGCCCGCAUCUACCUGCUGACAAACUCAAAACACGACGAUCUACAGCGCAAAGGCGCGCAAGCGCGAACAAUAUGUUGCAUCAGCGAAGAAACUUCGACGCGGAAUAGCGGAUCCGGUUUGACGGAAGCGGACUACGUGAAGAAAAAAAAAAGUAGGCGUUUUGUUCUGCUUUUAAUCGCUUCGUGUCGGCAAAAAGUCGCGAUCGCGUUACGGUGGAAGAGACUACGAGAAAAAGGGACCCCUCCUGUCUUGUUCACCUCCGAAACCUGAUGCACGGAACAUGAAGAAAAAAAUUCGCAAGAGCAGCACACGAAGUGACCGCCGCAACGUGUACCCACGUGGAACUUUUUCUAACGAGUUGAAAAGUUGUUCCGUGAAAUGCUGAUGAGUGUGAUUUGCAGCAUCUUAGAUGAUUUAUUAGUGCCCGAUAUGAGAGCGUGUUUUCUCUCCCUGUACGGAAAACAAGAACGUGUAUCAAGAGGUGCCCUCGUUUGCAAGUGCCGCGAGUGAUGUCCCAGAUUCGACCGAAAUGCCGAAAAGUAAUGUGGUCCGAAUUUCCUAUUUGCGUGUGUAAACACUCCGAGCGCUGCGUGUACCUUAAAGAAAAAAAAAGAAAAAAAAUUUGACAUCGAAGUUUUCACCCGGUGCGAAUCGAACCUGGGACUUGCGGCACGGAGGUUCGAUGCAAAAGGCAUGGCGCCUCAACGAACACGGCCACAAGCGCAGAAUCGAACGUAGGUGCUCAAAGAUAUGGUUAUGCUAGGGAUCAAAUCUCGAACUGAUACAAAAAUAAGCUUACCAGUCUGGCAGUGGGGCCUGUUGAAGGAUACGACGUCUCAGGUAGACUGGGGCCUACGCCAAAUUAGCGAGGCACAGGCGGCGCGAGCCUUUAGUGAAGCCUGCAGAGAAGUUUUUUUCUUCUUUUCACGUCUUCACCACCGGCAAUGUGAUGCGCCUUGCGCGUGACAGGGAGUAUGAAUCGCGCUUCCUGCAGAGGUCUUAAAGAAGGGGAAACUGCGUUAAACGCCCGUGUGCCUAUGUAUCUGCGCAACCACGUAAGCUAUCGCCAUUCAAAGCCAUGUGAGGGGACGGCAGCCGCCUUUCCAACAUACGGCCAAGGGGGGCUGCAAAUUGCAACAUGCUACUAGAGCUCAAAUAGACAGAUGAUUUUACUCCAACUCCGGUGCUUCGAGGCGUGUACAAAUGGCUUAAUGUCUCACUGCGCCAUCUAGUUGAGGCGGUUCGCAACGCGAAGCGCGCCAUUUUGACCCGCAAAGAUGCGUGCGAGCCUGCCGCUUUUCAAACCGCAUGUGGUUGUUACAAACGCACGGCAUUGUUGACUCCAAAUGCGUUCUGCUAAAAAUAAAAGAAAGUGGACCGCCUCCUCCGUUUGCCCUCGCGGCUUCUCGGGAAGGCUCCGCAAACGCAGUCAUGCGUGCGUGACGUCACGGAAAGUACGCCCAAUGAAACGCGACGUUUUAAAAGUCGUCGCAAAAAAACACCAAUAGCGGGGCACGUUACGUCCACUCGGCCAAUGGCGUCUGGCGGCACCUUUGUCGUUGACAAGGCGUCGGUUGAGUCGAGCCUUUUGAACCGGGCGUAGCACGCGAGGAUGGCUCCCCCGAGGAAGAGCAACGUUGAGGUAGGUUCCCAGGUGGUUGUUAAGGAUCACCCGCUGCCUGCGCGAGUGAUCCACAUCCAGGGCAACCAAUGCCAAAUCCAAUUUGUCGACGACUCGAUCGCCGUCGUGCACCUGUCGUCCGUCACGAAGUCGAGUUCGACAUUGGAGUCAACCAGCGGAGGCGUGGCCACGCCACGCUCACCGUGGACGUCGAGCAGCUUAUCUACCGAGACUUCGGUGACGGUCCGCAGCCGUACCACCCGGAGCCGCUCGUCGUCCAAGUCACCCGAGAAGAAGCGCGUCACGAGCCGCAGCCGGAGCCGCAGCGCAUCCCGGGCCGCCGCCACAUCCUCGAGAACGCCCCGGUCGCCGCAGAAGAAGGCCGCCGCGCCCAAGUCGCCAAGCCCUACCAAGAAGGCCAAAAGUCCGGCCAGGAAAAGCCCAGCGCCAAAGAGCCCCGGACGCCCGGCAAAGACUACACGGCCCAAGAGUCCAGGGCGGCCCAGAUCACCUGCCCCCAAGUCUCCGGCGCGCAAGUCGCCGGCGGCCAAGAGUCCGGCCAGGAAGACUCCGGCUAAGACGAGGGCGCCGUCGAAGUCACCGGCAGGCACCGCUACCCAGCGGAAGAAGAGUGUCAGUCCUGCGAGAGAGAGAGGUGGCGACUCGCCACGGGCUGGCCCUUCGCGCAUCCCGGUGUCCUCCUCGUCUUCCUCGUCAUCGCUGGAAACCGCCUCGCAACCACCAGCUCGCAGCCGCGCGAGCCUCUCCACACCCCUGGGCACCUCCGCCUCGCAGCCCGUGGUGAACCUUGGCGCCAACUCGAUUACACGACGCGUUGUGAGCUCGCCCGCAACGGGCACGGCGCCACAUGUCUACAGCGUGCCCGGCGUGCGGUCUUCCCCCCGCAUCGCCACCAUGCACUCGACCUCGCUGGAAGAAGACGAGGAGGUGGUGCCGUCGACGUCCAAGAAGAGCGUGGUGCAGUUUGUCGAGCCGAAGGGACGCUUCCAGCUCCGCAUGCCGCAGGUGCGGCUGCCCUUCCGCCUGGGCAUGUCACUGAACGCCCUGCUCUGGUUCUUCCUGAUGCCGUCGCUGGCCUUGGUACUCCACCUGCUCUGCCAGAAG